AAAACCCAAAAAAAAAAAAAACAAAAAAUCGAGGCUACAUUUUGAAGAGCAGCAGCAGCAGCAAAUAUGAACAACGAUGAGGUGCAAAUGAUCAAGAAGACCUGGGAAAUACCCGUGGCGACACCAACAGAUUCGGGAGCUGCUAUCUUGACAGCAUUCUUCAAUCGUCAUCCGUCCUCUCUGGAGAAAUUUCCAUUUCGUGAUGUGCCCCUGGCCGAGUUGCCCACCAAUUCACGCUUCCGGGCGCAUGCCAGUCGCAUAAUUCGUGUGUUCGACGAUUCCAUUCGAGUGCUCGGCCAGGAUGAUGCCGAGGAGAAGCUGGAAGAGAUCUGGACCAAGGUGGCCGUUAACCACAUACCACGCCAAAUAUCUAAGGAGUCUUACAACAAUCUCAAGGAAGUUGUUUUGGAAGUGCUCACUGCUGCCUGCAAUCUAAACGAGAGUCAAGUGCAAUCGUGGACGAAGCUUGUCAAUCACGUCUAUGAUAUUUUGUUCAAGUCCAUCAAUGAUGACGGCGAUGCCAUCUAGACAGCGCUAGCUACAGCAACAGAUACCAGAGACAGGCGGAAAGAGCGGAAUAGCUGCACAAGGGGAGAGAGCGUAGCAUGCACCUUGAAAUGCUAGGCACGGCUUAUGUAGCUUUAAUAAAUGUUUAAAUGAUAAAUGUUUAGCUACUUUCAUUUUUUAUUUAUGAGUACAAGUCCAAUACACACAAAUACACAGACACAUCUCGAAACAUACACACACACACUUGCACACACACACACUCGCACAUUGCUCUGUAAAGCUUUAACCCAUUGUCAGCCUUAAGCACUUAAUAAUAAUACGAAUAAAGUGAAAAGGUCGCUUGUAGCCGUAAAACUGCA